GUCGCGCGCGCGCACGCACGCGGCGGAGCACUGCGGGUGACAGCGGCUGCGGCGCGGGGAUGAUGUAAUGUUGCUCCGGAUGGCGGUGUGCGCCAGGCUCUGCGGAGCGGGACAGUCGCGGCGCUGCAGGCGGCGGCAGAGGCACAGCCAGCCGCAUCAGGACAGCGACUCCGACAUGGACAUGGACGAGGAGGAGGAAGAGGAGAGGGUCGUGGGCAAAACGAAGGACGAGUCCGACGGCGGCGGCGGAGCCGGUGGACUCGGGGCUGGGGCCUCGGCCUCCGCGGGACCGCCGCACCCGCAGUCGCUGCUGGAUCUGCCGCCGGAGAUCCUGGUGGAGAUCUUCUCCUCUCUGCCCGGCGCUGCGCUGCCCAACCUGGCGCUGGUGUGCAAGAAAUUCAGGCAGAUCCUCAACACGGAAACCAUCUGGAGGAGGAGGUGUACGGAAGAGUUCGGUAUGAGAGACGACCUGAGGAAGAUGGAGGUCGCGGGCAUGUCCAGCCGAGAUCUGUAUGUGAAACGUGUGAACCCGCAGGUGAAGUCGGGACGCUUUAUGAAGCUCCUCCCUGAUUAUGAGCACAUGGACUAUCGGGACGUGUACACACACUUGUUACAUCCCUAUAGACACAUCCUGGGUCUCUGGCAGCCUGACAUCGGGCCCUACGGAGGACUGCUGAACGUGGUGGUUGACGGGCUGUUCAUCAUCGGCUGGAUGUAUUUACCGCCCCAUGAUCCCCGUGUGGAGGACCCCAUGCGCAGACGGCCGCUCUUCCGCAUCCAUAUGUGGGAGAAAAACAAAGCCACGGUCGAGUGCAUGUACGGACACAAGGGCCCUCAUAAAGGAGACAUUCAGACUGUGAAGAAAGACGAAUUUUCCACCAAAUGCAACCAGACCGAUCACCAUCGCAUGCCUGGAGGAAGGCAAGAGGAGUUCAGGACGUGGUUGGAGGAGGAAUGGGGGAGGACGCUGGAGGACAUUUUCCACGAGCACAUGCAGGAGCUGAUCCUCAUGAAGUUCAUUUACACCAGCCAAUACGAUAAUUGCCUGACGUACCGGCGGAUUUAUCUGCCCCCGUGCCUCCCUUCAGACCUGCUGCAGCCGGGCCUCUUCAAAGGGACGUACGGCAGUCACGGGCUGGAGAUCAUCAUGCUGAGCUUCCACGACUCCAGGGCCAAAGCCACCAAACUCACCGGUGACCCCAACGUCCCGGCGGGUCAGCUGACGUUAGAGAUCGACCUGAACCGGCCGGUGCUUCUGCCGGACCUGGAGCACCAGCGGAGCAUGGAGGAGCUCUCCCGUCUGGUGCUGGGGGUGCACGAGGAGGCCCAGAGGGGUCCACAGGCCCGGGACGCCCCGACCGAGGCUGCUGCGGAGGCUGCGGAGGGCUCCGAUUCGGCUCCCCCUGCUGGAGUGGAGGACGGGGAGCCGGGCGCUGCCUGCAGCUCUGCUUCUGAAUCACAGCCGUUUGUGCUGCCUCUGGGAGUCAUGGCCCGUAAUGAAGUGUACCCUCGAACCUGCAAGAUGUGUUUUUACGGGACAGGCCUGAUCGCCGGGCACGGCUUCACGAGUCCAGAGCGCACUCCGGGUCUGUUCGUGCUCUUCGAUGACGACCGCCUCGGCUUCAUUUGGCUGGAGCUGAAGUCCUUCAGUCUGUACAGUCGUCUGAACGACCAGCUGUCCCACGCUCAGGCCCCCAGCAUGGAGCGCUUCGAGGCCAUGCUCCGCAACAUGCAGUCAUGGACAUCCUGAUAGCAAACCUCACACUACCUUUCCCAUCAGGCACAUCCUCUGGCAUUACCUCCCUGCUGACACACACACACACACACACACACACACACACACACACACCUGCUCGCAUCCGCACCUGUGUAUUUAAGCCACAUGCCCGUACAGUUGUAUUAUAUUAGGCCUUUCUUAUCAGCUUUUUAAUUAAUUUAUUUUUGUAACCUGGAAAUGGCGAUGAAGACGACAACAAUGUGAAAAUUAUACUUCAGUAUACUCAGCUGAGCGUGCCUCUGAUCUUCAGACUCUGAAAUCCUGUGGUUUUGUGCUUUAGAAAUAAUCUUAGAAGCGUUCGUCCUCAAUGUGGCAACAUCUGCGGUUGCUUUUAACAUAUUUUAUCAGUUUAUUUGUAAAAAGUCCACAUCGUAUUUGGAAAAGCUUUUUUUUUUUUUUUUUUUUUUUUUCUGUCAGCGCUCACUCAAACUAUCGACUUCCAGAUGCUUUUUUUCGCUGCAAAUGUUGUCGGUUUUAUCACUUCAUUAUGCAUCUAUUGAUAUGUACACUAAAAAAAAUACAAAAAUAAUUUAAAGAAACGGUUCACCCAACAAUGUGCUCAAAACGUACUCGCCCUCAUGCCAUACAACGUGUAGAUGGGUUUGUUUCUUCAUCAGAGACAUUAAGUCAUUUGUUCACCAGUGGAUCCUUUACAGUGAAUGGGUGCCGUCAGAAUGAGAACAUGGUUUAAAGUUAAAUCGUCUUAACGAUGGAUUGGUUUCUUUAUAAAAAUGCAGCUUUUCACUUCACUGGAGUGGUGUGGAUUAUUGUGAGGUUUGUCAGCUGUUUUGGACCCUCGUUCUGACGGCACCCAUUUACAGGAACUGAUGUAUUGCUCCAUUUCUCCAACAAGCUCAUAUACAUCUCGAAUGGCCUGAGGGUCAUUCGUGGCUGAACCUUUUCUUUAACUUCUACCUUGCAUACUGUUAAAUUUCUAAGCGAAUAGCUAAUUGGUUUUACGCCAAAUUUUACGACCACGAAGACUGUCUCGUUUUCACACGAUGGUGAUUCUGUUCCUCUAGCUGUGCAGCUCUCUUCCAAGUGCUCUUCCCUACGCAGCAUAGACAUUUAUCGGAGGCAGAAUCGCUCCGGCUAUACUUUUGUAUUUGACUGCAGCAUUACUAGCAUUUGAAAAUGGGAAAAAAAAGUGAAAUGAAAUCAAUAUAAUGUAAAGUGAAUAUAUAUGUAAAUGCGUUGAAAAUAUUUAAACAUUUAUCAGCAUAUUUCAGCUUUGUUUUAGGGAUGAUUGUAUAUAUGAUCGAUGAACUAAUUUAAGUAUAUUGCCUGUGUUUACGACCUCUGAGUUGAGUGGUAAUUGUUUUAAGUGUAAUAUUCUCUUAGGAUUGGCCGUUUAUGUGGACUGAUAUCGUACAACUAUUGAUUUUAUUCCAAAUAACGUGUGAUUUUAUGCCGUUUAUAUUGGCUCAUACCUAUUUGAAUCAUGUUUCGAAACAUUUAUACAAUUAACGUCUUAAAGGCUACCCCAUUGGCUUAGAUUUUUCACUUCCAAGUGGAUAAAAUCAAGUUUUGCCCCCUUUGUAUCGUCACGAUUCAUUGAUUUAAAGAUCAUUGUGUGUUUAAAUUGCUCAUUUAGAUUAAACACUGUGCCUAAAACAGGUUUAUACACUUAAUGUACGCUUAAUUUUGUAGUUUAUAUUGAAAGUAAAACAGGUUGUCAGCAAGCGUGAUCAUUUCUGCAGCAAAUCAGCUCCAUUAGUGAGUCAUGCGUCCAGUACAGGUGUUUAUAUUUGAUGUUAAUCUGUGGGAAAGCGUUCAGAAUAUUGUCAAUAGUUGAAUUAUUAUCAUCCAUGUAAAUUUGCCAGUUAGAAAAUCUCAAAGCGCAAAUUCAUGACUAGUAUGCACCCGUUGCAUUCAAUUUCAGGGAGGUUUGCAGCUUUAGCCUUCGUUUGUUCUCAAUAAAAUGGAGGAAAAACUUGAA